CUGCUAGAGAAGAUGGAACAUGAUGACAUUUGUAAUAAAACUCUAAAGAUUACAGACUUUGGUCUGGCUAGAGAGUGGCACAGAACAACCAAAAUGAGUGCAGCAGGGACUUACGCGUGGAUGGCUCCAGAAGUUAUCAAGUCCUCCAUGUUUUCUAAAGGAAGUGACAUCUGGAGUUACGGAGUGUUGCUGUGGGAACUGCUUACAGGAGAAGUUCCUUACCGUGGCAUUGAUGGCCUUGCUGUGGCUUACGGAGUUGCUGUCAAUAAGCUUACUUUGCCUAUUCCAUCCACCUGCCCUGAACCAUUUGCAAAAUUAAUGAAAGAAUGCUGGGAGCAGGACCCUCAUAUCCGACCAUCGUUUGCCUUAAUUCUUGAACAGCUUACUGCCAUUGAAGGGGCAGUUAUGACUGAAAUGCCUCAAGAGUCUUUCCAUUCCAUGCAAGAUGACUGGAAGCUGGAAAUUCAGCAGAUAUUCAAUGAAUUGAGGACCAAGGAAAAAGAGCUUCGAUCACGAGAAGAGGAGUUGACAAGAGCAGCUCUUCAGCAAAAAUCUCAAGAAGAACUGCUUAAGCGUCGUGAGCAGCAGUUAGCAGAGCGUGAGAUUGAUGUAUUGGAGCGUGAGCUGAAUAUCAUGAUAUUCCAGUUAAAUCAAGAGAAACCCAAUGUAAAGAAGAGGAAGGGCAAAUUUAAAAGAAGUCGUUUAAAGCUUAAAGAUGGACACAGAAUUAGUUUGCCUUCAGAUUUCCAGCACAAGAUAACAGUGCAGGCAUCCCCCAACCUGGAUAAGAGGAGGAGUUUAAACAGUAACAGCUCUAGUCCAUCAAGUAGCCCCACAAUAAUUCCUCGUCUUCGAGCUAUACAGUUGAUUCCCAAAACAGAUAGACACACAACUAAUGGCCGAAGAAACAGUGUAUAUGUGUACCAGCAAGAUGUAGAUAUCACAAGUGAAUAUGAACUUCCCAGUGAGGUUAUGAAAAAAGUAACUUCAGAUGAAAGCAACAGGACUUGGGGAAGGAGCACAACUUAUCACCAAGAAGAGUUUGAAGAUGUGAAGAGAAGUUUUAAAAAGAGAGGUUGUACAUGGGGACCAAGUUCAGUUCAAACAAAGGAUCGUGCAGAUUGUAAGGACAAAAUAAGACCCCUUUCAGAUGGCAGCAACCCUUGGUCAACGCUUUUAAUGAAAAAUCAGAAGGGUGUUCCCUUAGCUUCACUAUUUGUGGACCAAGGUGUCUAUACUGAUAAGAAACUUCUCCCUGAAGGUUUGGAUAGUAAAAGACCAAAGCCAAUUAAGUUGCCGAAUCAGGCCUAUAUUAAUCUACCUCUUUGGAAAGAUGAUCAGGUAGAGAAUACUGUAGAACAUGAGAGCUUUGAAGAAGGAACUUCUGCUAGUUCUACAAAUAGUACUCCUCAAAUGACACCUACAAACAGUCUGAGCAGGACACUGCAGAAGAAGAAGACUGAUUCAGUGCUGUAUGGGUGUGCUGUCCUCCUUGCAUCUGUUGCCCUGGGCUUAGAUAUCAGAGAGCUGAACAAAUCACAGGGUCCAGAUGAACUCUUGCCUAAAGAUGAGAGGAAGAAGCGUGAUGGACUAUUUCAGCGUGCUUCAAAGUUUCGCAGGAGUGCCAGCCCUACAAGACUGCAGUCCAAGAAGGAGGAAACAAGUAUUCCAUCCCUAAAUCCAGCUGCAAACACUGUGAAUCUUCUCUCUAUGCCCUCCAUUUCCACAAAAUGCCUACUUCAAUCAGACAGCGAAGAUGCAUUUGUAAGCACUGUGCUUGGUGGUUGUGGUCCAUGCAGUUCCACUGAUGACUUUUCAUCUCAGACUUCUGAAAGUAAGAAAGAACAGAGGAUACAGCUGGCUCCUGACAUGCUUUCUACACGAUUGAAAAAUCAGCCUUUUAAUCUUUGUUUGAAACAAGAAUCUCAAAAUGUACCAAAUGAUUCCUUGACAAAGCUAAGUGUGUUGGGUCACAGACGAACCUUAUCAGAUGGGAACAAUUUUCAGACCACAGCUAAUGGAUUUGCUUCAACCAAUGAUGUCUCCACGUCACCAGUUCUAUCAGUUACUGGAACUCUGCACUCUCUGUCUGUUCAACAAAGAAGCAAUCUCAGUGGUGUUUCAACUGAAAAGCAAAGCACUCUCAAUAUUAUAGCAAGGCCUCGACCUUCUGCUCUAAGAAGUAAAAUUGAUUCAUGGCAGAUUAUUCCACGUGUUAUUAAACCGAACUCUAAAGACCCUGGAUAUUUAGAGGGCAAUGUAGAUCCAGAUGUUAACUUCUUGCCAGAUACGGAGGAAAGAACUAACUGCCACAUGCCCUCGUUACUUGAUAUUGAUGUGGAAGGUCAAAACAGAGACUGUACUGUGCCUUUAUGUAGAAUGAAGAGCAAAACUUGUCGGCCAUCUAUAUAUGAACUGGAGAAAGAGUUUUUGUCGUGA